GUGGCAUGUGACUUUCGAUUGAACCCAAAAAAGUCUCGAAAAAAGUAGCUAUUGCAUCUUGAUCUUGUUCUUGACUUGCUGCUGAGGCUAUAGUACUGUGUAGACCUGCUGUAUUACAAGAUCACCUGAUCCAUCAUAAGAGAUCCAUUCAUCACAGUAUACCACACACAGCUCAAUAACUAGUAAACAUGACUGCAGCUGGAGGCAAGCAGGAACACUUGUACAAGGUGCUAGUGAUCGGAGACCUGGGAACGGGCAAGACAAGCAUCAUUAAGCGAUAUGUCCACCAAUUCUUCUCCCCGCACUACAGAGCCACGAUUGGUGUGGAUUUCGCACUCAAAGUACUGAACUGGGACAACAAUACGACCAUCAGACUACAGCUAUGGGACAUUGCAGGGCAAGAACGGUUUGGCAACAUGACCAGAGUCUACUACAAGGAGGCAGUGGGUGCCUUUGUGGUGUUUGAUGUGACUCGACUCUCCACCUUUGAGGCAGUGCAGACAUGGAAGGCAGAUCUGGACAGUAAAGUGCUGUUACCCAAUGGGAAGCCCAUCCCUGCAGUCCUACUAGCUAACAAGUGUGAUCUUGCCAGUGAGGGUUUCCUAGGCAACGUGAACCAGCUGGAAGAAUACUGCAGAGACAAGAACUUCCACGCCUGGUUUGAAACGUCAGCAAAGGAGAACAUUGGCAUCGAUGAGGCCGCACGCAGUUUAGUGGGAAAGAUUCUGGAGAAUGAUGAGAACAUAGACCACGCACAGUCAGAGUCUGAUGGCUUUACUCUGGACACUGAAGCACCAAAAACCAAAAAGGGAGGGUGCUGUUAGCUAGUGUGUGUGUGUGUCAUGCCCUCAGUCCUCAGUCUGUUAGUGACUUGCUGUUAGAUGCUGUAGAGUAGCGAGUGUGUUACAAUCGUGUUGUAUAUGUACUAUGUAUUUUUCUAUGUUUUGAGUGCACUAAAAAUUAAUUAAUAUCCCACACGCUAAAAAAGUUUGUUGUUCUA